CUCAAGAUGGAGAGAGAUGUCCACGAGAAUAAAAGGCUCCACGUGAAUGAGUCACUGGGCAAUGAGCCUCAAUCACUCCCAAAGACCUCAGAAUUGGGGUGCAGCGCAACAGUGGAGGAAGAACUCAUGAAGAACUAUGAAUCCCUAGUACAGCUGUUUAAACAGGAGCGCUUGAAUGCCAUGGAAAUGUGGCAGAAAGCAGCACAAGAGGUGGAGCAAUUCCAGGAGCUGUACCUCAAGGCUUUCACUGAUGAACAGGAGGCAGAUGCGGUGACACAGAAGUUCAAGAAUCAGCUUGUUCAAUUAAUACGACAGUCAUGUGAACUCAAAGGGAUCCAUGAAGAAAUGCAACUGACCAACAAACAUCUUCAAAUGACAGAAAAAGAACAGAAUGAAGAGAUAGAGGAGCUACAUAGCCAACUCAGAAAGACUAAUUGUGAUUUGAGAACUGCCGCAGACAAAAUCGAUAAAAUGACUGAUCAACUGGAAUGUCUUGAGCGUCAGCUGAAAAGAAAGGAGGAGGAUGUAGCAGAGGCUAUGUGCCAUGAGGAAAAUCAACCGCAACAGCUUCAGUCAGACCUCAGACAGCAAGAAGCAAAACUAAAAGCUGAGCUGGAGGAACAAACCGUCUUGGACCCAGAGUUCAGCGCCCUCCAGGCCCAUUGUGCUCCCCUUGAGCACGACACGCAUGAGGUUCUGAACAAAGUCCAGUGCUGUGUGCAGGUGGCAGAGUCUUCGAUAGUUCAGAAGCACAAUGUGGUUAAGGCUUUGAAUAGAGAGCGUCAGAAGACAGUGGAUCUGGAGAAUAAAGAUAAAGCCAUCCAACAGUUAAUCCAGGAAGCUGCUGUCCGCACCAGGAAGGAGGUAGAUCAUGUGCGAGAGCAGUGCAAUGUUGAACUCCAUCAAAGAGCACAGGAGCUAUCCCAUUUGCAAAUGGAUUGCGCAAUUAAAGAGUCUCAGAUUGAAAGGUGCAAGCUUGAGAAAAAAGCUCUUGAGAAGGAACUGGAGAAGGUGACAAAGUACCGGGCAGAACAAGACCUUGAAAAGAUGAAUGCCCUUCACCAGAGGUGCCUAAAUGCAGAGAGGGUAAGGAAUGACAUGAGCGUCACUCUGCAAAAUGCUCAAAGCAAAGUGAAAAAGGUUGAAAUUGACAGCAAUGAAGAGUUGUCGCGCAGCCAGCAGGAAAUGCAUCAUCUGCACAGCAGCUUGGCUGCAGCCCAGAAGGACUGUGACCUUAUCAGGGAGGAGCGUCUCCAGCUACAACAGGAGAACUUGCAGCUCCACAGGGAGAUGGAUGAGCUGCAGAGAAAAAACUUGCUUAUCCAAAACAAAACCAAAAAUCAGAUAUUACAGAUGGUGCAAGAGUGCAAGUUGAAGGAGCAGGCAUUUGACGCGCAAAUGAUGGUGCUGGAGGAGAGGAGCCGCAACUUAAAUGCUGAGCGGAUGCACCUCCUAGCUGCACAGCAGAAAAGUAUUCAACGCUCACAGGAUGAAGCAACAAAUAUGACAAAGGCCUUUGAAGCCAAGAUUCAACAUCUCACGACAGAGAUGAGUCAACACAAAUGGCGAUUACAUGAGUUAGAACUACAGCUGAGAAAUAACCAAGACACUAUGACUGAGUAUGAGAGUCAGCUAGCAGAGUAUCAAGAGAUGUCAAGUAGCCUCCAGAGGCGAUUGAACCAUGCUGAGCAAAGGGCUGCAACUGCCCCACAACAGUUGUCCGUUUUGACAUCCAAGCGAAUGAACAACUUUGAGGCUGCAUAAGGAAGAUUUUGACUGCCCUAUGUGUUUGUUUUAGGUUUAUG